AUGACAAUUAUAGAACAACUUGAGAUAAUCAAACAACUCGUAUUAAAAGAACGUAAAAUCGUUACUUAUGAGUGGUUAAGCAAAUACCUUAAUAUUCAUGUUAAUGAGGCAAAGCCACUCCUUUAUAAGUUUAUUUCGAAAUAUGGGCCUUCUAACAAAGAAAGUUUUUACACUGUUUAUUGCAUUUCUGGUAUCGCCACGAUUAAUGAGCAACAUACCGUGACUUUAAUAUACCAGGAUAAUUUAGAAAAUAUACGAAAAGACUUUAGCAAAAUUUCAAGUUUACACGUUUACAGUGUACAACCAGAGUGUCCUACUGAAGCCGAGUUAGUCAAAGCAAAUCAAGGAUCCAUCGAUAAAGUUUCUACUGAACCUGCUUUACCUUCAAAUACGAAACGAGACGACUAUUCAAAUGAGAAAAAGUCUUCAAAUAAUUUUAUCAAGCCUGAUGAAAAGGAGUCAGUAAAAGUCAAACCUACACGCCCUGAAACAUCAAAGUCAAUUAAAAGCGCGUUUUCAAAAGAGAAGCAAUUGAUCAAUAAACAAACCGAUGAUAAAACUUCCGAUAUCAGUUCACUUAUAUGUAAAACUUCUCAUGAUGUUGAUACUUCAAAAUUUGAACGGGAAGAUAAGCAGUCAGAAGGGAAGCAACUUGUUAACCAACAAAAGAGUGAUAAAACUGAAGAUAUUUUUUCUAGGGAUGAAUCAAAGACUUCAAAUAAAAAAUCAAAGAAGAGGAAGAGUGAUGAAUGUGAAAGUAAUCUUGAUGAGGCUUCAAAAGAAGAACGGGUAAAUAACAAACAAAAGAGCUGUAAGGAGAAUAAAGUAACGAAUAAAAAUAAAAUCGCAAAGAGUAGGAAGAAGAAUAAGGUUGCAGAUGAUCUUGACCUUCAAAAUGUUACUGAGGAAUUUAUGACCAUCGAUAUUGCCGAGAAAGAUCAGCCACAGGAAAAACAAUCGGUUGCGUCGGCUAGUCCUGAUCAACAAAAUGUUCUUCCAACAAAGAAAAGAGGAAGACGUCAAACGUUGAAGUUUAGAUCAUAUGUGAACGAAAAAGGGUAUACGGUACGUGAAAAUUAUCACGAAUGGGAGUCAUUUUCAGAAGAUGAAACUGUUUCAGAACCUCCUGCAAAGAAAUCACAAAAGGUAAUUAAGGCGCAGGAACCUAACGUCGUCGCUAAACGCAGUAAGAAGAAGAAAGGAGACGACGGUUCCCAAAAAAGCUUAUUGAGUUUUUUUGGGAAAAAAUAA